AUGUCCACACUCAGCAAACGACCAUCCAGUGUCCAGAACGAUAGCGACGGCGACGACACGGCCAGCUUGCGCUCCAUGGCCCUCACCGACGAGGCCCGGCAGGAGAAACCAGCAGCCAGCGGGGAAACAGACACGCUAGACACUACAAAGCCAGAAAUGAACACUUUAAACGCAUCUAAUCACAUCCCAGACAAGCACAAGGCGUUGCUCGAUGCGUUGGGAGAUACCACGGCCACAACCAACAAGUUUCAAGACGACCAAGACGACGAAGAUACGCAGGAGGAUAUUCCCCUCAGUCCUCCCAACCCGCCCUCGUUGCUCCCGACCACGGUUCAUGCCGUUUCAAGCUCUUCUAGUCUACAAAUUGCCACCGAAACUGAUUCCAGCUUGAAUCCCAUCAGUCCAAUAAGUGCGCUCUCCAAAUCACCAAACACGCCGUUUGCCGCCUUUCAGAGUGCAGGCUUUCCAUCUGCUCCCCUGUCCGCUGGUGCCAUGAGCAGCAUCCCAUCAGCCGCCAGCAAUGCUCCCUUUUUGGCCAGGAGUCCAAGCCCCCAGCCAAAGGAUCCAGAGACGUAUGGUAUCAUGAAGGAAACAGACGGCAGCACCAGUGCACUUCGCGAUGUGAGAGACCACCGCCCAGGUACCUCACCCCCAUUGGAUACAGCCUCCAUCUCCUCCGAGUCUCAGCGAAAACUUCGACCCGAAAGCGUACUCAUGCCGCUUACUCGAGAUCCUUUGAUUCUUGGAUUGGCACUCGUCGAUUUUGACCAUGCGGUGGGUCCAAGAAUAGAGUUUAGUCAGGGAAAGCUGCUAGAAGAAGACGAAGAGAUUGUCAAGAUUCUUCCUUUCCUCGCUCUCCCGGAUGGCGCACAUCUCAAUCAAGAAGACUAUAGUUACUUUCAUCUGAAUCCGGCAAAACCAGGCUCUUCGACUAUCUUUGCCAUUUCUUGCAAUAGACAGAUACCCGCUUCCGAGUUGCUCGUCAAAUCAGAAGUGGUCACUCGUUCAACGGUUCAAAAGGCUGUCGUGAUUCUGGCCAGUAAACCAGUGUUUGGACCUAUCAGAGACAAACUCGGUGUAGUGACAAGAGCGUUCUUCAAUCAGAGAGAUUUUACAGAGAUGGAUAUCUUAGUCGACUUUUAUAGCACUCUCGAAAACAGUCUCCGCACUCAAUUGACGGAAAGUGGCUUCUACAUGGGGACGAGCAUCCGAGAGCUCUUGCAUGCAUUCCGGCAUCGAACGCUCACGUUGGUAAAAGCUCUUAUGCUACAACGAAAGAUUGUAUUUUUUGGACACCCAGUGGAAAGACUCUGCACAUACCAGUACUCGCUGGUCUCGCUUGUACCAGGUCUACUGCAGACGUUGGAAGACUGUGGUGACCCAAAUCUUGCCCGGAGGGCCCCUACAUUAAAGAAACCCAGCGAGCUCCGAACCUCUGACCGACAGAGUAUGAUGGAAUUCAUGGGCCUCCCAUUGGAUAUCUUUGGCAAAGAUUCCUUCUUCCAACCAUAUCUCCCUUUACAGCAGAUUGAUAUGCUCUCAGCCCAGAGCUGUCUCUGUGGAAGUACAAACAACAUUGUCACCCAACACAAAGAUAUCGAUUUACUUGUCAAUAUAGAGACAAGUCAGAUUGAGUAUCGGACUCCACAUGUGGAGCGAAUGGUUGCGCUCACUGCGGCAGACCGCAGAUGGAUAGACGAUCUUGUCAAAGAUGUCAACGAUACUUGGAACGAACAGGAUCCUACACGUCCUACGGGCAUGCAGUUUAAAGGAUCCGAUGACUAUCUACGGACCAAGUUUGAAGAAUAUAUAUCCUCGGCGUUGUCGUCAAUCAAGUAUCACAACUACCGAUUGACUGAUGGCCAGUCGGUUCUGACGACCGGUAUGAACGAGCAAGGUUCUUCACUAGUCACACUCAACUCGAGCACAGGCGAGCCAAAUACAAGUUGGGAGGACUAUGGCGAAUUAUUCCUUUCUGCAUUUCAAACCACCAACGCUUUCGCCGUUUGGGAUAGGAUAACAGAUUUAGUUUUGUUCGACAUCAUUGAGCCCAAGCAUCCGUGCGAGGAAAGGCCAAAUAUUGUCAGCGACAUUGGCCUGCGUUUGCAGGAAGGUAUUACAGACCUGCAUUUAGAUCAGCAGCUCGCCCCCACUCGUCAGGCUCUCAGCUCUGCCUUCGCUGCCGGCUCAACUGGCUUCUUCAAAGCAGUGGAAGGUGUCCGCGGUGGCGUCAAUCAGAUAGUAGCUCAGAGGCAGGCCUCGAGUGGUGGCCUCGGACUACCAUCCUUUAGUAAUCCGUUUGCGAACAAUUCUACGACUGCAACGAGUGCGACAUCCCCAGAUGUAACAUCUCCACCACCUCCCCCAUCAUCUUUCAAUCCACCUUCUGGUGAAAAGAAGCUUCGACCCCUCAGUUUGGCGUCGAUGGCGUCGGUAUCAUCUGCCACCUCGACCAACGAAGCCGCACCAUCUCGUGCAAGCGCCACAUUCUCAACAUGGGGAAGCAGCGUCGGUAGCUUUCUCAGCAACAAAGCGUCGAGACUUCGCGAGAGCGUCAGCUCGGUCACGUCGACCCCAGCGAACCUCGAGCAAAAGUCACUCGCCCCUUCCGCGUCUUCUACGUCACCUCCGACCCCCCAAUCAAGCUCCUCAGCUGCCCCUCCUAAACCAGACGUUGCAACGGGGCCUGCUCAAUGA